CCUCCGGGUACUCCAGCUUAUUCCCGCAGCCCAAAGACCCGCAGCUUAGACUGACUGGGAACUCUAAAAUGCAAUUCCAAUGGAUGGACAGAUAGUAUGGUAGAUAGAUUAUCUUGACCCACACCACCUAUUCAGAAGGCGGCAGUAAUGUAGCUGACGUUGAUUGCUAACCGCCAAAAAUAGAAGAGGAAGAAGAAAAACAACGAAGAAGAAGAAGGUCUUGCAAUCUAUACUACUUUGGUGUAAAUCACACGAAGAAGACGAAAGGAGGACAACAGAUGACAGCUCGAAACUUGGUCGGUGCAUGAAUGCAGAUUUUCAUUCAAGUGACUCAAACAUGUCCACCCUGGAAACUUUGGAGAGCCAGAUAUCUGCUGUAAUGGAGACUGUGGUAGAAGCGGCAGUGACGGAGAUUGGCAGACUUCUGGGCGGCUGUUCGGCUCAUGUUAUGGUCGCUCAGCACUACUCUGCUCCAGCUCAAACAGUGAAUAACGAAGAGGAAGCUGACCAAGCGUCUCCACCGGAAGACAGACAGCGGUUUAAUAAAGAUGUAACGAACCAGUUUGCAUCCCUCAUGGAAUCAUGGACCAAAUGUGCAGUGCAGAAAAUAUUAAUGAUAUUGAAAGUGUCCAUGUGUGAAGCUGAAGAUGGUGCUGCUGCAGAGGAGAAAUCCAUGUUCAGCGACAAGACUAAGCAGACAAACAUGAUGCCAAAAGCAGGGCAAGAGGUCGGGUCCAAGAAGAACUCAGGAGCCAGAAGCUCACGUCAGAAGGCAAAAAGAAUUGAGGGAGGACUGAAACCAGAAAGGAGAAAGGAGAAUGACCAUAUAUAUUACAGAGAGGAGCAACAGAAUGAAGAACCACCAGCAUCAGCAGCUGACUCAGAAUCAGUGACUGAGCCUGCUGAUGUAGCCACACAUAACAAGAAAAGCUCUAUAUUCCAGUCUAAACCUGCAGCUUUGUUAACAGAGCCCACCACAGAACCGACCCCUGAGCCGGCACCUGAGCCAGCCUCCGAAGUGAAUGAGGAGGAUGCCAUCCAGGAGGGUACAGACACUUCAACUACCACCUCCGAGAUCAAAAAGACGAAAACCAAAGGGUCAUUCAAAUGUCCUUCUUGUGACAAAAUGUUUGCUCUGAAGUGCUUGGUGGACAGGCACUACCUGACUCACUCCAAACCUCACCUUUGCUCUGAGUGCGGCAAACGUUUUGCCGGACUCCGGGGGCUCACUGCGCAUGCAAGACGUCACACUGGAGACAAGCCUUACAGAUGCCCAGACUGUGGGACAAAAUUUGCUUACAAGUUUACAUUUGAGAGACACAUGCGGCAGCACAGCCUGAAGAAACCAAACACCCACACAUGCACACUGUGUGAGAACCAGUUUCCUGGGGCGUUGGCACUUCAGCGACACAGGUGUCCUGCCCUGAAAAAGACAUUUGUGUGCUCUCUUUGUCCAGAGACUUUUGAGUGCAGACAGAGUUUGGCCAAUCAUGAGAACCUACAUUCAGGGGAUAGAGAUUUUGUCUGCGAAAUGUGUGGCGAGAGUUUCUUCUCAUUCUCGUCUUUGGCCACUCAUCGGGUGACUCACAUGCAAAAGGAAGCCUGCUGCGACCUGCUCGGCCUCGGAUCCAGCAACAUGAGCGUCCUCAAAAAUCACCUGAGCAAACACACUGGAGAAAAACUUUUCACCUGCAAGGUUUGCGGCAGGGGCUGCAGUCACCAGAGUGCUCUGAAGCACCACAUGUUGACCCACACAGGAGAGAGGCCGUAUGUCUGCGAGACCUGCGGCAAACGCUGUGGCCACGCCAGCGCGCUCCAGAACCACAUGAGGAUACACACUGGAAAGAAACCGGGGCAGCAGCCAGUCUGCGACAUCUGUGGCAAAAAAUUUCGCUGCAUGGUAAAUCUUAAAUAUCACAUGAGCAUCCACACAGGGGAGAAGCCUUAUGCCUGCAGUCAGUGCGAUAAAAAGUUCAGCAGUCCCAGCAAUCUGAAAAUACACAUGACAGUUCACUCGGGGGAGAAAAUGUACGGCUGCAACGUCUGCAGCAGGAGGUUCACUCAGUCCAGCAGCCUCAGGAUGCACAGACUGAUCCACACAGGAGAAAGGCCGUAUCACUGUGUUAUCUGCAAGAAAGGAUUCAUACACAGUGCUGACUUGAAGAAACAUCAGAAGGGUCACAUGCCAGAGGAGCCCGGAGAAGAACAGUUUGAAAAAGCUACACUGAAAAUCUAAAAUGCUGCUCAACCACUUCUUGCACCUAGCACUGAUAUAGUAGAUUGUUUUUGUUUCCACACAGUGGAAUUAGAGUUGGGCAAUGUGACAUUAAAAGCUGUGAGAUAGCAGGAAUUUGUCACCCAUCAAAGAUUUGAUAAUCCUGUUUAAACUGAGGUGUCUAUCUCUUUGAUAUCUCUAGUUGUACUGCAUUGCCAAACAAUCAACAGGACUAUUGUGUGGCAGUAUAAUGUGAACAAGUUCAGCGUGUGAUUAUUAUUAUUAAUGGUCUGAAGAUUGUUUGUGGGUGAAUUUACAUGCAGUACAUUGUCUAAAGUGUGUGGAGACAUUGUGAUUGUUUAGCAUGUCACCUGGUGUCUAUAAAGUUUGUUCUCUGCUGUCCUCAUCAGUCACUGCUGACUUUACUGCUCUCUCUUAAAGCACUCUUGUUUUUUCACUUGGUUGUUCUCACUAGAAUCACGCACAUUACUUACAUGUGGGUAAUUUCCUGUGUCAUUAAACAAAAGGAAGGACAGGAGGAAGGAAAUUAGGAAAUUAAAGAAAGCAGACAGCCUAAGAUAAU